AAGGGAAGUAAUUCAUCAAACUUCCGGACCGUCGAAAUGAAAUAGCAGCCAAGUUUCACUUUUCGGCAACUUUGCUCGAAGCAAGUUCAUUUAUGUUCGUUGUAUUAAGGUAAAAACCAUUGAAAUUUGUCAACAUGUGUGACGUAAUGGACUUAGAGUGCCCUUCAUGUGGUGAGAGAGCCAUCAUGAGGGACUAUCACGGAACAGAUGAACAUUAUGUUUGCGUUGAAUGUGGGUCUCUUGUCGAAAAUUCUGGUUUAGUUUCAACGAAAUAUGAUGUUGGAGGUGAAAUUAAACAGUUUGUUCCGUCCAAAGUCGGUCAGUCAAAGACCUCUAAAUGUCCAGGAUUUCAAAAUUUGGUAUCUUACUUAGAAACAAUUUGUCUUCUGCUGAAAGUCUUACCAGAAAUUGAAGAACUUGCUAAGGACCAUUUCAACACAUUAUACAAUUUACACGUUGUGAAGUAUAAAGGUAUGGAAUCCAAGGAGUAUUUAGUCCUUGCUUGUGUCUACAUCAGCUGUCGACAGCACAAUGCUCUGUACACCCUGCUGGAGAUUGCUAAGCUGGCCAGGUGCAACGUAUUUAAUCUUGGCAAUGCUUACAAGACUGCUGUACAGUUACUUGGACUGAGUCUGGAACAAUCUGGAAUUGGUGCUCUGAGCCGGCAGCUGUUCUCACAGUCGAAUCUGACAGUUCCUGUUAUUUCUCGUGCUCACGAGUUGCUUCAUCUCAGCAACAAAUUUUGGUUGGUUAGCGGGAGAAAUCCAGUUGGGUUAUUGCUGGCUGUUUCAUAUAUAUCAUGGAAAACUGACAAACCUAUGGAGCGGUGCAAAAUAUCUGCUCAGAAAUAUUGCAAAGAGCAUAAACUGACUUUCUCUCCAAUGGUGAAGCAAAGAAUUAGUGAAAUUGAGAAAGUGUUGUUCCAUCUCGCUCUGGAAUUGCCUUGGGUGAAAACAGAGCCAAUCAAAGAACGGUUGCCGUUUCUAGUGAAUGAUAUACUUAAUUAUCAGAAGUCUUUGAUUUUGGAAAUGGAAAGAAACAUAAAUAAUGAAAAAAACAAUGAAGAACAAUUUCCAUUCAUUUCCAAAAAUAAUUAUGGAGAAAUUCUUCCCCCUAUUAUGAAGAAAAAAGUGAAAAAGGUUGAAGAAUCUGAACCUUAUUCAGUUGCCUUAGUUACUUGCUGUGAUAAAAGUGACAGUGAAGAUCUCGACCGACUUAAUGUAGAUGACUAUAUCAAGUCAGAGAAAGAAAUUGAAGCUUUGAAGAACUUAGAAUGAAAAGAAGCUCUUGUAUAGGAAAUAAGUCUGGUAUUUUCUGAAAGCUGCAUGCAUGUGGUUGAGUCAUGAUGGCCAUCAGAUUAGCAGUAAGGAAUCCAAGUUCUAUCACUGAUGUUUGCAACAGGCAAUUUCACUACCCUGGGUAAAAUUAAUCUUUUAUCAGCUAAAUGCUACAGAAACUGGAGAUUUAAAAUAUAGCUAUACCAGUUGUUGCGGUUCAGAAUAUGAUGAAAUCAAUAUAUGUGAGAGAGGAUUCUACCGUGCCUAUGAUUGAACAAAGGAGCUCCAAUAUAGUUGCUCUGCUUACUAGAAAUAGCUACUAAAUAACCCUCAAAUCACUUCCUAGCAUCAUGUAAUCCUGCCUAUUGCUAAAAUAACAGAAUACUUAUAACUGUUAAGCUUUUGAUUGUAGAUAUACUCAAUCACAAGUGACCUGGGUUUAACGCUUUAACAGUUCAACUGGCUAUAUCCGGCCCAAAUAUGCUAUCUGUUUUAUGUUCAAACCAACCAGAUCCUGCUUCUCAUACCUACACUACAGUGUCAUUUCUAAAGAAAUACUAUCACUUCAUUGAAAUCUUGAAGCUAUGAGAAAAUGUAUGAUUAAUCCAAAGCAAUGUGAAUAAAUAAGCAUUGCAUUUGACAAAGUGAUCUGAAUGCUAAAAGGUUAAUCGAUAACUAUUACCUUUUAUCAUGCCAAGGGAGAUAGACUGUGUCUAUUUAUCCAGUCAAGAUCUACGCAUCAUAUUUAUUUUACUCAACAUCUACAUACUGUGUCAAUCCAUGCAGUCAACAUCUGUUUAUUGUUUGUGUCUAUCCAGUAAACAUCUACACACUGUGUCUAUUUAUUGACUCAACAUUUACACACUGCAUCUGGCCAUAUAGUCAACUUCUACACUCUGUUUAUCCAGUUAAUAUCUAUACCAAGUGCUUAUCUAUCUAGUCAACAUCUACAUACUCUGCCUAUUAACCCUUUCGUUACUGUAUUCAUUUUGAAAUGCUCUGUGUUUUUUUCAGUUACUUCAAAUAUUAGAAAGAAUUUAGUAAAAUAACUUAGUUAUCAUUAAGCUGGUGUUAGGAACAUAAAUUGUGACUAAGGUUUGGUGGAAGAUCUUAAUUCAAAACUUAUAAAAACAAGACAUUUGAACUACAGAGCCAGAGGCGGUUUCAGCCGGGUUGGUAAUGAAAGGGUUAAUCCUGUUAACAUCUACAAGUUGUCUGUCUUUCCAUCCUACAUUUACAUACUGUGCCUCUCUGAUCAAAAACACAACAUUGUCUAUCUCGCUACCCAGUCACCAUAUGCACACUCUUCUAAUAUCAGAGUAAAUUUUGUUGUUAGACAAAAGACUAAUGUUUCAGACAGAACCUUUGAUUGGAGAGUGAUAGUCACAAUACUCCCAAGUAAUCUUCGAUCCCCUACUUAGACAUUUCAAUUCCCCAAACUACUCCCUUAACAACUCCACAGUAAAGUCACCUUACUCGGCCUUCAUCUGGAAAUACCAAGAAAAAAACUCACAUCUUUACUCUAGGUGUUAUUGGACACCUUUUUCUUCCAGUCUAUUUAGACCUUCAACUCUACCAUUUCCUCCAUCUCCAGCCAUUAAAGCUUUUUCUCAAUAUCUUUUCACUGUAUACGAUAUAUGAGUUGGACAUGUCUAUAUAUAUUUAUGAGGCGGUGCUGAAAAGUUCUUGGCUUUGGGUAAAAGAAAAUACAGGAGGGUCAGUUAAUUAGGAUUUUAUUUAUCAUAUUCUCCUCUCAGAUUCACACAUUUAUUGCAGUGGUCCUUCAGUUUUUCUAAACCCUGUAAAAGAACUCAGAAGGUUGAGCUUUCAACCAGGACUUUCAUGAUACCCUUAAAUCCCGGAACUUUUCAACACCCCCUUGUAUGUAUGUAUGUGUGUAUAUAUAUCAGAUGGGACCUCGAUGACUGCUAUGAAGCAGGAAAGUAUACUAGCCCCUCUAUAUAUAUAUUUAAUACUCAAUAUUUCAUAUAUUCAAUAAGACAUUCAAUACUUCAUUUAAUUUUACUAUUUAUAUUAUAUAUUCCAUAUUCUAUAUCCCACAUUAAUUUUAUAAGAAUAUAAAUAAAACAUAAAAAACAGA